UUGGCCGUGUGUGUGUGUCCGUCCCUCCUCCUCCUCCUCCUCCUCCUCUUCAGCGUCUCCUCAUCUCAGAUAAAGUUAAAUAAGUGAAGUUUGUCUUCUUUAUUUGUUUCACAUUCACACCUGCGACACAUUAACACGCUCUAACUCAUGCUAGGUUAGCUUUAGCGACAAAUAUCUACGUGUGUGUGUUAGCUAAAGUUAAAGAGUUAAAGUCACUCUCGUGUUUCACCUUUACCGGUUUUUACCUGUCGAACAUUAAAUGUUUAUUUCCCCGCUGUUGUUUUAGCAAUGUUAGCUUCAGCAAGAAUUUCAUGUUAAACUUUGUGGACUGUUAGCAUUAGCUACACCCCGUAAUAGCAUCUCUGUUAGUGCUCGUGAAAGUGUUAGCACUUGUGUUGUUGUUUAUCACCGUGAUUUUUAAAAUAACAACAAAGCGACACCUAACUACUGUAGCUCACCGUGCUAAUUACAGUUAGCUUCUCUGAGCGUCAAAAAAGAAAAGUCCGAUUUUAUGUCAGUAAAUAUAUUUCAAGUUAUCUUUACAGCUGCAUGUUCACACUUUCAGGUCACUGAGCGUGGUAUGAAAAGUAUGUGUGAAGUUUGCCGAUGUUUCCCGGGAGCUUUUGAUGAGCUGGGAGACGAGCGCCGCAGGAUUCACAGAAGAUAACAGAGACCAUCGUCUCCUGACACCGCCACCAUGUCAGCGCAUCCAGGCCCAGGUCUUCCACAGGUCAUGAACCCUCCUCCUCCUGAGGUCACCAACCCAAACAUGUCCGGCCGCAGAACCAACCAGCUGCAGUACAUGCUCAACGUGGUGAUCAAGUCACUGUGGCGCCAUCAGUUUGCCUGGCCGUUCUACCAGCCCGUUGAUGCCGUCACUCUGGGAUUACCAGAUUAUCAUACGAUAAUAACAUCUCCAAUGGACAUGGGAACCAUCAAGAAACGCCUGGAGAACAACUACUACUACAGCGCUAGUGAAUGUAUGCAAGACUUCAACACCAUGUUCACCAACUGCUACAUAUACAACAAGCCAACAGAUGACAUCGUGCUGAUGGCGCUCGCUGUGGAGAAGAUUUACUUACAGAAAGUGUCCCAGAUGCCUCAGAGAGAAGUGGAGAUUUUACCUCAUGCAGCGAAAGGGAAGGGCAAGAAAAUCAGCGCUGCAGCUGGACAGGCGGGAACUGUGACCUCAUGUCCUUCAGCUACAGCAUCCACAAAAAAGAAAGGCCUGAAAAGGAAGGAACGAGCGCCGUCAUCUGAUUUGCCGUCGCCGCUCGCGACCAGUCCGAGCGAUUUGCCUGAAAACAAGAGGAGGCGGGACUUAGAGGAGAAGGAUUUGUUGCAGAAACAGACGGAGCAGAGCGGAUCCAGCAAACAGCUCAAAUACUGCAACGACAUACUGAAGGAAAUGCUCUCAAAGAAACACGCCGCCUACGCCUGGCCCUUCUACAAGCCGGUGGACGCUGAAGCUCUGGCUCUGCACGAUUAUCAUGACAUCAUCAAAUACCCCAUGGACCUCGGCACUGUUAAAAAAAAAAUGGACGGAGGAGAAUACAGAGACACUCAAAGUUUCGCUGCAGAUGUUCGGCUGAUUUUUUCCAACUGCUACAAAUACAACCCUCCUGAUCACGUGGUCGUCUACAACGCCAGAGAACUGCAGGGCGUGUUUGAGAAGAGGUUUGCAAAGAUGCCGGACGAGCCCGUGGACCUGACGUCGGCGCUGACUCCACAGUCCACUAAGAAUGGAAGUUUCGGCCGGAUCAGCGGCGGCACUUCGUCCGGCAGAGACACAUCGGACUCGGCGGAGGAACGAGCCACGAGACUCGCUGAGUUUCAAGAGCAAGUGGGUGCAGAGCAGCUGAAAGCUGUUCACGAACAGCUGACUGAGCUCUCUGAAGCCCCGCCCAUUAAACCAACAAAGAAGAAAGAAAAGAGCAAGAGAAAGAACGAGGGGCAAAACAAAGGCAGCACUCGUUCACGGAGCGCUUCACUCUCCAUGUGCAGGAACUCGGUGAUGGGAAGUAAAAAGUGGGAUUCUGACGACGAGUCUCUGCCGAUGACGUACGACGAGAAACACCAGCUGAGUCUGGACAUUAACCGUCUCGCGGGUACGAAGCUGGGUCACGUCGUGCACAUCCUGAAGUCACGAGAGCCGUCGAUGUACGACGCCAACCCGGACGAGAUCGAGAUCGACUUUGAGAGACUGAAGCCGUCGACUCUGAGGGAGCUGGAGCAUUACGUCAAGUCCUGUCUGUACCGGACGUUCCUGAAGUUUCAAAAAAAAGCUGCGUCUCAUCACGCGGGCAGCAGCAGUUCUUCAGACUCAGACUCCGGCAGCUCUGACUUCACCUCCGACGCCGCUGACUCGUGAAAGUGUCUUUUAUUUAUUUCUUCUUCUCACAGGAGGAGAGUUCCUCACAAAUGUUAAACAUGUUUAUUUUUGUAUUCUUUUCACCGUGUUGAAAAUGUCUGUGUUUUGUAUUCAAAGUGGAUUGUGUUGUAAAUGUGUGAUUAUCUGUCACUUUCUGCUCUUUGAGUUUCUUCUUCAUCAAACAGCCUGAUGGCGCUUCCUGCUGAGUUCAAGAAAAAAUCUAAGUUUGUCUCCAGUUUGUUACAAACGACAAUAAAAGUCUGUUUUUCAACACUUUCA